CACGGAGGACCUGGCGUCAGGGGUGUAGGCGUGGCGUGUUGCGGAAAAGGCGUGGCACCGGUACGGUCCAUCAGUGGCAGACUUUGGCUGAGAUGACAGCCGGGACCCGUCGUGAGGUUUUAAACCUUUAUCGCCAGAUUUUCCGAAUAGCGAGGAAAUGGCAGGCGGCGUCGGGCCUUAUGGAAGAAACGAUAAAGGAGAGAGAGUACAUUGUAGAUGAAGCUAGAAAGUUAUUCCAUAGAAACAAACAGAUUACGGAUCUUGCGAUGAUUAAAGAGUGUACAGAAGAAUGCAAGGCCAGAAUAGAAAUUGGAUUACAUUAUAGGAAUCCUUACCCCAGGCCUAUCCAUCUGCCUCCACUGGGACUUGCCCUCCCACACAGUAAAGUGUUCCGGGCCCAGGAGAAGCUCAGGAAACAAGCCAAGCCUGUCUAUUUAAAGUCAUAUGAUGAAAUCUCCUAGUCGUGACUACAGAUCCAUCAUCAUUUAAUAUAUGGUUGUAUUACAAGCCGUAACUUUGUGAUAUUAUCAGGUUCAACCUCAAGCUGGAGUCUUUGAAUCAAAGUUGUUGUACUUGCACAGACUCGGGUUAAGCUCUCACUUUAUUCAGCAUAUUAAUAAUAAAAAUGUGUGUGUGUGUGUGAGGGGAGGCGGUUAUUCUGUUAUUAAUAAUCGAAUUCUGUUAAGUUUCCAAACCCAUUAAAUAUAAUGAAUCAAAGUUUGUUAAGUUGUACUGGCGAAUCAGGUGCACUUGGUACAGACUCUCAAACCCCCCCCCCCCUGCAACAUGGGAAAGUCUUUGUACAUACAUCGGUCCCCUAAUUUAAUUAACAGUCUUAAUUGUAUGUGACUUUGUGACAAUGAAUAUUGGCCGUCCAUGUGCAAAUACAUACACUGUGGCCUGGGCCAGAACUGGGGGGGGGGGAGAAGAGGCUCCUGCAUAGGGCGUAACACUGAGGGGCGCUGGGCAGGUGCCUGUUCAAGAUUCUUCUGAUUAUUUCUAAUCCAGAUUCCCCUCUGCAGGUCUCUCCUACCCCCUCUGUCACUCACUUGCUCCUCCCUCCUCUGUCCAUCUCUUCCUCUCUGUCCCUCCCUCCUCUGUCCGUCCCUCCUCUGUCCGCCCAUGCCUUCUCUGUCUGUCCCUCCCUCCUCUGUCCCUCUCUCCGUCCCACCCUCCCUCCUCUGUCCAUUCCUCUCUCCCUCCUCUGUCCAACCAUCCCUUCUCUGUCUUACCCUCCUUGCUCUGUCUGUCUCUCCCUCUCUCCGUCCCUCCCCCCUCCUCUGUCUGUCCCUCCUCUGUCUGUCCCUCCCUCCUCUGUCCCUCUCUCCGUCCCACCCUCCCUCCUCUGUCCGUCCCUCCCUCUUUCCGUUCCGCCCUCCCUCUCUCAUUCCUCCCUCCUCUGUUCGUCCCUCCCUCCCUCCUCUGUCUGUCCCUCUCUCCCUCCUCUGUCCCUUCCCUGCCCCUCCGCUUGCCCCACACGUGGGGGGGGUUGCCUAGGGUGCCCAAUUGGCUUGGCCCAGCCCUGAAUGUGGCCAAAGUACUUUACUGACCAUUGUGUGUGGCAUCUAGAUCCCUAUGGUGCAAAACACACUACAAAUUCUGAAAGCUUUUUCUAUAUAAAACUAUAGAAAUAUUGGUGACAAGUUACACAUUGCCCUUCAGCCCCUUCCCUUAGUCAUUGUGGUCACAUGAUAAACCUUUUAUACAUAAAAUAGUGGUAAUUAAUAAUUUCAGUAGCCCAGGUUAUGGCUUAGCAGUGUCUCUAAUGUCACCAUUCAUUGAUGUAAAUAAGUCUGUAUUUCAAGUGUUUAUUGGCUGGUUAAUAAAUAUGGAAUAUUAUCUGAAAAAGCUGCUCAAUACAUUUUGCAGGUGAAAUAAAAAUUGUGUGUCUGUAUGAGCUUUGUAUAAGAAUUGUCACAGCAUUUGACUUUGUAGUUUGGUGUAGACAGAAGAGCAUUUUGCUUUUAUUUCCCGCACUUUGUCCAUUUUGUGCGACAUUAAACCCUCUAUAUUCAAA